AUGGGAGCCGGCAUCGGCGCCCUCUUGUAUUUCAUGGUUACUUUGGCAAUCGAUUGGGCUAUUGAGAACCGCCCAUGGAGGCCCCAGGCUACGCCUCGUCUAACGUUUAGGACAGAGCAACGUGGGGAAGACAAGCAUACCCCUUCGCUUUCAAGCGGCUCUGACUCGAACAGCGAGACCUGGAACGACUGGGGCUGGGGGUUAGAUUCUGGUGGCUCGAGGAAGCGAGGAGUGCUCGCAGAAACAAUCAUCGAGGAGGAAAGCCAGGAGUCCGAAUUCGAAUCUUUGAACGCUGAUGCGGAGGCUCGGAGGCUCUAG